UGCACAUAUAUCAUUCUGCACAGUGAAACUCAAACAACAUUGAGUGGAGGGGGAUUUAAUGAUGACAACUGAGGUAAAUUUCAGCAAGAAACCUGUAUUAUCUCUCGAUAGCAAUCACAACUGAGGCUCAUGGGUAUUGUAGUAUGACAUGUCAGAAAACAUGAUUCCUCCAAAACAGGGUUGAAGUAAUUAACACUUGUGGCCACAACAUAAACCUCUAUGGCCAUUACAUUAUUGGGUAAUGGCCCAUGUUUUUAUGUGAGGAAACCUUUAGGAUAUUGCUUACAGAAUCAUGAGAAUCUUCUGGAAGCAGCAACUCCUCCCACUUCACAGCUCUAUAACAACCUUAACAAAUACCAUAGUGUUCCCAGCUCUCACUGCUGCUCGGAGCUCUAAGACAAUGCAAGUUUCACUAAAGGGACUUUACACUGAAGAAGACUUAAGCUGGAGCCGCAAAACAAAACACAGAGCUACAUUUGUUUUUUGAUUUUAGCAGCUCAAUGUAUCGAGUAAAUAUUACAAAGCUCAAUGUGCAGUUGCGAUUUAACGACUGAAUGUUGUCUAAGACUGAUUUCUGAAAAAAGAACAUAAUCUUGUACUUCUGAAGUUUUCUUUUUCAGUGAACCUUUUUCCAUUUCCAUCACUGCUGAUUUGUGCUGAUGAUUCCAUUAGAAGAGAUUCAUGCUCAUGCAGGUAUUAGACACUAAUCAGCCAGUUGCUUAACAUUGUGUAUGGGAAAGAUAAGUAGGACUAUUCAGGAACUCUUGCCAUAAGAUACAAGAUGUUCAUUUUAUUAUGUCUGCCCCCUGUACUUAUGAGUCUUUCCCAAAACCCAAAUUUAACCCAAUUAAGUCAACAUCAAAAGUACAUUAAGAAUAAAUUAAGUAUUUGAAGAGUACUAAAUGAAGACACUAUCGUUUUUGUGGUUUUAAGACAGAGUACAGCACCUGAAUCCUUUUCUGGCAGGUUGUCUGGGAGUAUCACCUCCGAAUUACAAUUGGGCCCUUGAUAACAGAUCUUUUAAUAUUACUCUCUUCUUCAAUAUCAGAGGAUUGUAGGGGUGCCAGGCAGGGAUAUUGAGGGAGAGCAAAGACUUUCUCCCUUUCAGCCCAGCAUCAAAACUUAUUAGAUAGAUAAUGAGAGCUGGACUUGCAUUGGAGUGUGCGUCUUUCUGUGUCCAUGUGUCAUUUAUUUGUCCCCUGAAUGCUGGCUCAAUCAGAUAGCAGCCAGUCAUUCACAGCAGCCACCAUCUCUCUGCAUCUGUUGACCUGCGCUGGCAACGCCGGGACUAAUGUGAGCUGCUUCGGUGGCAAUGAAACAGCCGUUUCCCUUUCACUUUGAAACCGCUUUUGUUUAUUUUGUUCUUUUUUUCCAGAUAAAGCUCCAAUGCAAAGGUCAGACUGUAUGUACUGUGGUUCGACUUCUCUGUUUGGUGUUUUGUUGCCUUUUUUUACUCAAAGUAAAAAAGCUUUGUAAGCCCCUUUACACAAGACUUUUCUUUGUGCCACAAGUUGUUGACUUUCAUCCUAUUAUAUCAGCUUGUAUAUCAUGUCAUAAGAGGCUUAACAUAUCCGACAGAAAUGAUGACGCGUAAUAACAUUUAUAAUAGGGAUUUGAGCUUGUCUGAAAGACUUGAGGAAUACAAAGUGUUUGUGUGUACUCACAUGUGUGUGUAGUAUUGUGUUCAGACUCACACUCAAAAUGAAGUCCAUUAAAAAAGGACAUCCUUGACCAGUUUCCUGUAACCAUGGCAAUAGGAAGUGCUCUCCAAUCACAUCUCUGUGUUUUGUGUUAGGGAAGUGCACUGUUUCCUGCUGUUUUCACCGGUUUCCUCCCAUUGGUGUGUGCUCAGGAUCUGGUCCUGGAAAGCCACACAGUUCCCAGCCAGUGUUCUUGUCGUAUUCAGGUUGUCUGUAUUUGUUUUUUGUAUGAAUCUACCGACAACGUCGCCAUCAAAUUUGAAUUAAAGUGUCACAUACUUAAAGCCAUUUCAAGCCUCCUCCUUGGAGACACAUGCUCACACUUCUCAGUCUAUUCAACAUGGGGGACUAAAUUACACCAAGAAACACCCCAACACUCUUCCCCACUGGAUCAAGCCUGGCAGCGAUGCAGGUUGGUCAUCAGGUCACCAGCAGCACCUCUCUCCAGAUCCCUCCCCAGCCUGAGACUGCUAUACUCAGAAACAGACAAUCAAUCCUGCUAGACACCAUCCAGCCCCUGUCCCAGGCAAUAAUCAAUCCCAAGCGGAGGAUGGAGGGACCUGUCCAGUCCCAGACACCACAGCCCCCCAGGACCUGCAGCUCACCUGGACAGAAUGGAAAAUCAUGCUGGAGCUUGGAUGUGAGGGUGGCGGUGCUUCUGGUAACUCUGGCUGGAGUUGUGAUCCUGCUGCUGCUGUACAGACUCUUACAGCUGAGACACAGGUUGAGGUUGGCCAGGGCAAGGCACGCUCUGGAGUACCACAGCUUCUUCCACACCGGCACCUACACACUCAAACACCCCACACCAUGUGAGGACGUGCCAACCAAGAACGGGACCGUCCCUGAGGAAGAUUCUCAGCCGAUCCAAACUGUUAGUGCAGUGACACCUGCUGCCAUCACCCCACUGCCGCCCCCACCAGUGCCGCUUCCACCCCUACUGCCACUCCCUACACCUCCUGCCCUGCUUCCACCACCUCUACACCCUCCACCUUCUCUCACACCAACACAUCCUGUCCUGACCCUCCCUCUCCCCCUGCCUGUGAUCCACACCACCCCACCCAGCCCUCACCUGUCAUGGGGCGCCUGCUCAGAUGCAGAUGUGUACUCUCGGAUCGGAGCUUUCAGGCCCUCCAGGCUCUCCAGCCUCUCUAGCCAAUCAAAGGUCAUUCUGUUUGAACACUCAUCUCUCUGACCUCUGACGCAUUGCAUGGUGGGAGACAUAGACAUUUGACAAGACUGUAGUCAAAACUAAAUCUGCAUUCUUCAGAAUCCGGGGAUGACGUACAUGCUUACUUAGAGUAUACUGUACAUACUGCUGUGUAGUUGCAAACAAGGGUAGACACAUAUUUGAAGUUAAAGUACUUUGAGGACAAGGUCUACAAAAGUUGAAGUUUGAGUUUUGUCAGCCACUGAAUUGAUUUAUCUACUAUACUCUAAAAAGUACCAGACUUUGUUCUAAACCUCUGCAAGAAAAUUGCAGUUUGGAACAAAACACCUCAGAUGUAAUCAUGUUUUAUUGAAUUGGAGAGUGGUUUGUUUGGGCUAGUUUUUUGGAAAUUGUCUGGUGGAAGCACCAUGUGACUGACCCACAGUGGAAGUUUCUUUCCCUCAGGAACAUUGAAUACCUUGUGUCUAUUCUGAAACCUGUUUUGGAGGUGAAAAAGGUAAACCUGAAGAAAGACUUGUGAUUUUAUGCUUUGUCCUUUACAGACUGUGUGAAAAGGGUCUAAUGUAAAAAAAAGGAAAAAAAAAAGAAAGAGGAAAAGCAAGCAGUUGAACUGAAAUCAUGGUUUGCUUUGUUUUAAUUUUGAUCAGAGACCGUGUGACUCAACUUAAGUUGAUUGGACAUUGUACGUUUUGAUUAAUUAUGUACAUUGUGUUAACUCCCACUGCAUAUUUUAAUUGUUUAACUGGCCUUUUUGCGUUAGCCAGAAUGUCCAGCUUCUAUGUGCACACAACAUGGAUCAAUCAGUGUGGGUGUUAAAAAUAGAAUGAUUUUUUCCAUUGACAAUUCCAAUAAAGUAAACUACAUGCCCAGCAACACUGACAAAAACAUAAAAUUAGCAUUACUUUGUACAAUGUACUGCACGGAAAGUAAGAAGAAAAUAAAGAUAAACAUGGAGCUGCAGAAGAAGAACCGCCUAACAACCAAUGACUUCUUGUUUGGGCAAUUAAUCAGACAUUAAACAACAACAUGUCUGGCAUAAAUUUGUCCUGAUUCUAAAAUUAGCACAGGAGGGACCAAUAUAGGUUUAAAAUCAAGCCUAAUACAUCUGCCAGUUAUGAAAAUAAACAUGUCCAUCUUUUAACUUUCCUCAUGUCAGCAAACAGCACAAUUUCUGGAGAACUGCAUGCAUGCUGGGAAUAUACUAAUAAUCUAACCCAAUAAUCUAAGUUUCAAAAUUUAAUUUGAUAAAAGAGGAGUUGAUUGGUUCAUUUGGUUGAAAUUCACAGAUACAGAAGAGGAGUCUGGUGUAAAUGUUGCGUGAACUCUGAAAGUUGGUUUUUAUUCCACAACUAAAAAAAAAAGAUUAACAGAACUUUCUCACUUUGUAAUGAAUCAGCUUCAGAUUGAGAGUUAUCAUGAUUCUCUUACACCAAUAUAAUCCUCAUUUAGGCUGAAGAACGUAUGUUUGCAUUUUUACAGUGCAUAGUUGUAGCAAAGCUCAUUAUUUCCUGUCGUGGGAAGCAUUUCCUGAGCUGAUUUUCCAUAGCAGGGUCCCCUCCCUGUUUCACACCACGCUCUGCAUUCUCUGUGUUUCUCUGAGUCUCUUCCUGCAUCAAUCUUACUUUGCAUUUCCUCUACUUGCAGUCUUAAAGUAUUACUCUGAAGUUUUCUUUUUAUUCAAACAAAUGCCAAUAUAUAUCUUUGCAAUUGCUUAGUUGUCUCUUAACUUGUUCAAAAUCAUCACAAAAUCAUCACACAACUAACAAUAUAAUUGGUGCAGUUCAAACUUCUAAAUCUGGUUCGUUAGUCAUCAAACUGAGACAUAUAAACAUGUGCACCGAUCAUUGUUCUCUGAAGUAGCCUUGCUGACACACACAGUUAACAUGUUGCUGUUAUCUUGGUAACCUUAGCAUCCACCUUGGCUCUAACAAGCUGUUAAGCUGAUUUUUUUUUUUCAAUAGUUAAAUAUGUUUUCCCAUCAGGUCUCCUAUUUAUAAUUCAAUAAUAGUUUGCAAAUUCAUGAGGGAAGCUGUUUAAGUUGAUGGCUGUUUGCUGCUUUCUGCUUGCUGGGGUGAAAACCGAGACCUUGCAUGACAUGCCUCUUUUGUCUUUUCUGUAUCUAAUUCUGCUAGUGAGGCCGAUGUCUCCAUGCUAAAAGCCAGUUAAUUCAAUCUGUGCAUGUACUGCAGCAUUGUCUCUUAAUUGGUUGUAAGCUGAGUAGGGAAGACAUUUGUAAAAAUAUACUGCUGCAGCAAUUAAAUAAAAUGAGGGGAGUGCCAUGCAAGGAUGAAUAUGAAUGUGUUUGUGUUCUGGAUCUGAUUAAUAUUAAUUUUAUGUAUCUAUUCUGAAAAUGCUCACUGAAAUGCUUU